UUGAGUGAGCGCGCCUCGAGGCUGCAAAACUCGGAAAAGCACAAAAGGGAACCGGAGUUGGCACUGGAGGACAGUCCCCCUAUGGAGAAGCCGCCGAAAAGAACACCAAAACAAGGAGGAUUGAAACCGGUAAAAUUGACGACCCGAUUGACGCGGAAGAAAGCACGAAGACAGUCGGGGACUAUGCAGCUGAGGAAGACGCUUGGGCGACCACCGACCGUGAGAUCUCCAGUGAAGACGCCAUUGUCAGGACGGAAGACCCCGAAGACCCCGAAGAUACCAAGAACGAUUCACGAGACCCCGCUGCAAAUGCAGCUUUACACUCCGGUUACACGCAGCGCCUUGGAGCGGUUGUGCUACCGGAACAAGAUGAUUGAUGAGUUGAAGUCUCUUGAUGCUGCCCAAUUGCAGAAGAUGUGCAAAAAGGAGGGAAUUCCCUAUAAUGGGAAGAUUGAGUCGAUUCUCGAUAUUGCCGACACGAAGGUAUCGGCGAAGUUCGGCAACGCAGUGCAGGAGAAUGUGAGGUGAUACAUGUUGAGGAGUCACAACACCCUGAAGAUGGAUCUGACCGUGAGGGUGGAUCUGAGGAUGUUGCGGCUUGAGGACCUUUGGAGA